AUGGCCGACGAUGGCAUGCUCCUCAACUUCUCCAUACCAGACAGCGGCAUUAUCGCGAAACCGACCUUCAAAGGCGGCAACUGGAAGAGCCGGCUCACUGCGAAGAAGGCGGCACAGAACUGGCACACCAAGGCUACAGCGCGACUGAACGGCGAGGCAGUACCCAAGAAGACGGUCGAGAAUGCGACAAACGUGAACCGCAUAGAACUGGGUCCAAGGAAGGCACGCGUGUCCAAGAGCCCCGAAUUUCACGAUUCCGGCGAUAGGCCCGUAAAGCGAGCGCGUGUGAGCGGAGACUUUAGGCCAAGGACAACCGAGAAGACAGACAAUGCCGAUUUCAGACCGCAGUCGAACCCGAACCCAAACCCCGCCAAGAGAUCAAGUGAACAGCAGAGUGCGCCCAAGGGUGGAAAGCAGGUCAUUUCCUCGCUGUUUACCUACAAUCCGACAUCCAAGACGAAGCCAGAAGCGAACGAACGCCGCGAAGACGAUGCGCCUAUCGAACCUUCAAACGCCCCACUCAGCAGCGAGCUGGACACCUUUACAUCCCUCGGCAUGUCCACGACGCUUGCGACGCACCUGUUGAACAAGAUGGGGUUGAAGGCGCCCACUGCGAUCCAAAAGGCUGCGAUAACACAGCUCGUCAAAGACGAUUCAGAUGCUUUCAUACAGGCCGAGACUGGUUCUGGAAAAACACUGGCAUACCUCCUACCGAUUGUGCAAAGACUCAUGGAACUUUCCGCCAACAUGAGAAAGCAGAAAGUCGACGACAACGUACAGAGGAAUUCCGGUCUCUUUGCCAUCAUCAUGGCACCGACACGCGAGCUGAGCAAGCAAAUUGCGACUGUACUAGAGAAGAUAUUAGGUUGUGCGCAUUGGCUUGUAGCCACCACCGUCAUUGGUGGUGAGAAGAAAAAAUCUGAAAAGGCACGGUUACGCAAGGGCAUCAAUAUCUUGGUCGCGACACCCGGUCGAUUGGUCGAUCACCUGGAGCACACAGAAGCGUUGGACGUGAGCAAUGUCAGAUGGCUUGUCCUGGAUGAAGGUGAUCGCCUGAUGGAGCUUGGUUUUGAGCAGGAAAUUCAGAAGAUUGUCGGGGCAUUGAAUUUGCGAAUGCGCGCAAGAAAAGAUGAGAAUUCGAGGAUACCUGGGCUGCCGGAGAAGCGUACAACAGUGCUCUGUUCCGCGACUAUGAAAAUGGACGUGGAGAGGCUUGGACAGAUAAGUUUGAAAGACGCAGUACACAUUCGAGCCGAUCCGUCAGAAAAGGGACAGGAAACUGUCGAGGCCAAAGACGAUCAAUCUUUCUUUGCACCGGCGCAACUCAAGCAGUCCUACGCAGUGGUGGCACCGAAGCUCAGAUUGGUAUCUUUGAUAGCCUACUUGAAGCGGGCUUUUGCACGAAAGGGUUCCGUCAUGAAGGCCAUCGUCUUCAUCUCGUGUGCCGACUCUGUCGACUUCCACUUUGACAUGCUCACCAGUGAAAUCGAAGGCGUCACCGAAACGAAGAAGAAGGAAAGCACAGAUGAAGAGGAGGAGAAGGCUGAGGAGGCAGUUGACGGCGUGGAGAAGAAGCCAAAGAACACCAAAGCGAUAGCACAAUCAGACCCAACCAAGCUCACAGUAACAGGUGCAGAGUCACCUGUACUCUCUGCAAAGACGCACACAGUAACAGCAUACCGUCUCCACGGUUCACUCCAACAAUCCGUGCGAACAUCGACCCUCGCUCAGUUCACGAAGAACAAGGAGCCGUCUGUCUUGAUUGCUACCGACGUCGCAUCUCGUGGUCUCGACCUGCCGAACGUCGACUUGGUUAUUGAAUUUGAUCCUGCUUUCGCCAGAGAGGACCAUUUGCAUCGUAUCGGUCGUACGGCGCGUGCGGGUCGCGACGGACGAGCUUGUAUCUUCUUGAUGCCCGGAACUGAAGAAGGCUACGUCGAUAUUCUCAAGUCGGACAGGAAAGACACCGAAGGUGGAGUUCACAUUUCACGUCAGGACGCCGACGAUAUCCUCAACCGAGGCUUGGUAACCAGCGGAGUAAUGGAGAAGAACGCCUACAUGGAUAAAGCUACCGACCUACAGCUCGCCGUCGAGCGCUGGGCCCUAGCCUCACCUGCUCGCCUCGAAGCUGCCCGAAGAGCUUUCCAGAGCCACAUUCGUGCGUACGCAACUCACGUUGCUGACGAACGUCAAUAUUUUGACAUCAAGUCGCUCCACCUAGGCCAUCUGGCCAAGGCCUUCGCACUCCGCGAGCGGCCCUCUGGAAUGAAGAUUCCAGGACAACGAACAGGUGCCGGACGUAAUGACAAGACACCUGCUAGGGUACGUGGUGGUCCGAAGGUGGACCUUGCCAGUCGCAAAGCUGAUACUGGUGCGUCGAAGAGGGCGGUUGUGGACUUGGAUCUCCCCGAGGGUCAAGACACAGAUGAGGCGGCAAAGAUGAGGAAGGCGGUUCGUGCGAGGGAGAAGUUUAUGCGUCAUGCGGGUAUGGCGAGCGAGUUCAAUCUGGGUUGA